AUAUGCUUGAAAAGCAUUGUCAAUUUAUUUCAAGUAUUAUAAAUCUGUUUUUCAGAUUGGGUGAAGCUUGUAGUCACAUUGCUGCUUUGCUGUUCAAGAUGAUGUCUGCAGCAUUGUAUGGCCUCAAUGAAAAGUCAAGGACAAGUGUCUCCUGUGCUUGGAACCAGUUUUAUAGGAAAAAGGUGCAGCCAAAACCUGUGGACAUGAUUAAUUUCGACAACCCAAAACCUCUCCGGAAGAAGCGCCGUCGAAGAGUCCUUUCCACUUCUGUCGAGAACGAUGAUGGGUUUGACGCAGCCGAGGCACCCCGCAGUAUAAAGCGCAUUUGCCCUUCCGCAUGUAUCCUGACUAAAGGCGACUCUGACACUGACACUGCAUCAGAAGAUGAAGACUUACCACCAGUUAGUAUUUUAUUUCUUUGUCUGCAUUUAGUGCAUUAAGCCUAUUACAGAAUAACACAUAAAUCUGAAAUUGAGUAAGAACUCAGAUCUUAAAUGCUAUACUUUUAAAUUAUUAACUGUCAGAGCAUUGUUUCAAAUUAUUACGCUUAUUUUACAGGAUGAUUAACAUUAAAUAACACAACAUAGCUUUAUGGAGAAUUUGUUUUUUUCAGGUGCUGAGCAGAUUUCAUGAGGUGGAACAUGAGUCACUGAGCCCUACAGACCUAGCAGACAAAUGUCAGC